GUAUGAAUGGCUUUUUGGGUUUUUUUAUUUACGAAGGAAGGCUGCAGGUGGCUUCCAGGCAAACGACGCGUAGUACCAAAGCAAUGGCAAGUGAAAGUCAUUUUAAGUUGUCCAGCUACAUCCAACAUUCAACCAUUCAUUAACACACAACUUAUACUUCCGAGACCACCUCCUCCUCUUCGACCACUUCUAUCAAUUAUUUACUCAACUUAGCCUGAAUGCUUUUGUUUGCUUAUAGAGGAAAGCCGCAGGUGAUUUCCCAGGAAACGCAGUGGAAGUGAGCGAUUUCACUCCUUUGCUUCGUCAAGUUGUUGCAGGGAUCAGGCUCAAACUUCCCGAGUUACCGGGCGGACUCAAUUCAGGGAUCAAUCACUCCAUCGUCCUCUCAGAAUGAAGAGAAAGCGGGAGGGAGAAGAGGCGGCUCUGACAGCUUCAGCAAGUAGUAGCCGUGAUGAUGGAUCGAGGAAGGUUUAUGAGGUGUUCUUGAACUUCAGAGGACCUGAUACCCGCUUAACCAUCGUUGAUUGUCUUUACAAUGACUUGAUCCGUGCGGGGAUCCGUGCUUUUAAAGACGAUGAAGAGCUCCGAUUUGGCAAAAAGAUUGAAGGCGGCCUCUUGCAAGCAAUCAAUGACUCCAGAAUUUACAUCCCGAUUUUCCCCAAAGAUUAUGCUUCAAGUAAGUGGUGCCUCCGUGAGCUGGCACUCAUAGUGGAGUUAUCAAGAGAUAAUGAUGAGAAAGUGAUCCUCCCUAUCUUCUAUGACGUGGACGUGGACGAUGUCAAGCUUAAAACCAAUUUAUAUAAGGAUGCCUUCCAAAAGCACAAGAAUGACUCUGGGGAGGAUUUAACAAAGCAGUGGGAGGAGGCUUUAAGAGAUGUCACCAGAAUUAGUGGAAAGAAACUAAAAGAUUACGGCCUAUAUAAACUUACAAACCUCAUGGUGGAAGAGGUUUCAAAUUUGCUAUGGACAAGACAGACGGACAUGUCUAAUCAUUUGGUGGGAAUUAAGGAUCGAAUGGAUCACAUUAUGAAGCUAUUAGAUGUAGGAGCUUUUGAUGUACGGUUUAUUGUGAUUCAUGGUAUGGGUGGCAUCGGAAAAACGACACUAGCCGAGGCCAUCUUCAGGAAAAUCUACCCUCAAUUUCGGGAUCAUUGCUGUUUUCUUAAAGAUGUUCGAACUCAUGAUAUAAUAGGCUUACAAAAGAAAUUGUUGUUUGAUGUUCUCAAUCUUAGUUGCACAAACCCCUUCUUCAUUGAUGAAGUGAUCAAGACAAGGUUUCUUGGCAAGAAAGUCCUCGUUGUUCUUGAUGACAUCGACAACUGGGACCAAAUCAUGAGGCUUGUAGGCGAGCCCAACUGGUUUGGUGGGGGUAGUAGAAUCAUCAUAACAACAAGAAAUAUUGAAUUCCUAAUAAAGGAAGGUGAGGAAGACAAUCUCCCAAUCUCUAAUAGUGGACAAUUUUCAUUCUACAAUAUGCUAGAGAUGAAUUCACAUGAUGCUCUUCAACUUUUCUGUGAGCGUGCCUUGGGAUGUGUCAAGCCUCCGCCUAGUUACAUGAAUAUCACAGAAAAGCUUGUCGAUGCACUAGGAGGACUUCCAUUAGCUCUCAAUGUUGUGGGUUCCACACUUCGCGGAAAAUGCCGAAGAACAUGGGAAGUUGCCCUAUGUAAGUUAAAGAAGGUGAUGAAUGAGGAUGUCAAGAAGAAGCUGAUGAUAAGCUAUGAAGCAUUGGAAAUUAAUCAACGGCAAAUUUUUCUUGAUAUUGCAUGUUUCUGCUUCAACAAAGAGAAAACAACUGCGGUUACAUAUUGGAAUGCGAUUUUUGGGUAUCCGACCGAAAGUGAGGUCAAUAUCCUCAAGCGUAUGUCUCUAAUAAAAAUAUCGACCGAUAAUAAAUUAUGGAUGCACGACCAACUUAGAGACCUUGGAAGGAGUAUCAUCCAUCCAGAAAGUGGUGAAAUCCAUAUGAAGGGUAGCAGAUUGUGGUCUCCCAAGGAUGCCUUCCGUGUAGUGCAGACAGAAACGGGAACCAAAGACAUAGUGGCACUCAAUCUUGGUACACCUAGCCCGAAUAAGACGUACAGAUUUAAGCGCAAGCAGUUUAUGGGCUUGGUCAAUCUUAGGUUCCUUCAAUUGGACCAUGGAAAUUUUGAAGGAGACUUUAAGAAUGUUUUCUUUAAUUUGGCAUGGCUCUCUUGGAGCAAUUGCCCUUCGAAAUUCCGAGCUACCAACUUUGGGUUGAAAAACCUAACGAUUCUCAUGCUAUCUGGGAAUAACGUUAUUGAAGAUUGGGGAGGAUGGUGUCAAAUCAUGGUGGCAAAACAAUUGAAAAUCCUACAACUUGAGGAUUGUCCAUUCCUUAGAAAGAUGCCCAAGUUCUCCACAAUCUCGCAGCUAGAGAAAUUGAUUCUUAGAUGCAUUCGACUAAGAAAGAUUGACAAGUCCAUCGGCAAUCUACAACAUCUUGAUUACCUAGAGAUAAAGAGUGAAGCUAUUGAGUUGCCACCGGAGUCCAUUGGCAGUCUAAAAUCUUUGACAGUGCUAAGAAUAGAUUGGACACCCUCAAGGAAGCCUUACUCGAUUGGCAAUUUAGCAAAGGUGAAAUCUCUAAUCUUGCCAUGCAAGGAACUUCAAAAGCUUCCCGACUCUAUUGGACAAUUGGAGUCACUACUUGAGCUAGAUGUCCAAUAUUUAAAAUUUAGUGAAUUACCUCAUUCUAUUGGAAAUCUUGAAAGGUUAAAAGUUUUACGCAUAUGGAAUUCCUAUCUAGAAAAGCUACCAGACUCAAUUGGGAGGCUCCAAUCAUUGGUCGAGUUGGAUUUGAGUGAUUCAAGAAUCGGGAGCUUACCGGAUUGUAUAGGAAAUCUCAAAAAGUUGAAGGUACUAAAGCUCGAUGGUAGUUACAUAAGUGAACUUCCGAAAACCAUAGGAAUGUUGGAAAAUCUGGAAAAGUUAUAUGUCGACUCUAAACAUUUGCUGGGGGAAAUUCCAAGUGAAAUUAAGGCACUAUCCUCGUUGAAAUAUAUAGACUUAUCCAAAGGUCGCUUUAGUGGAUUGCCCACAACGAUCAAUCAGCUUACAAAUCUUCAAAUACUUUUGUUACAUUUACGUGAUUCAAUCCAACAAUUGCCAGAGCUUCCCAAGAGUCUAAUUUCUUUAAGCCUUAUAUCGAAUUCACUGACCACGAUCCCCGACUGCUCAAACCUAACCAAAUUAGUUGACCUUGACAUAAUUGGAGAUUCAAUCGAAGAACCCAACACAGAGGGGAUCGUGAGACUACCUGCUCUAAAACGAAUGACCCUCCACAUUGGAAAAAUGGCCUUGCCUCAAACUGAUUUUAGUUCCCUCUCUCAGCUACAAGGCCUCAGCAUAAAUUAUGCUAAGCCCCAAUCUCUUAUCGGGCUCCCAUCCAGCCUUCAAGAUUUGUGGUUAUACGAUGUCCAGUCACCGAUAGAUUGGUCAGUCUUUUCCAACUUGGAGAAUUUGUUGCAGCUGUCUAUCUAUGGAUAUUCGUCGGGAGAGAUUCGAUUCGAGGUGCUUGGAGAGCUACGGAAAUUCAAUCAAUUGUGUAUGGAGGACUGUCCAUUGCUCAAGACGCUGCCCGUUCUACCUUGUUUGAAGGAGAUCCAGUUUUUGUCCCUGAUUCAAUUGCCUCAGCUAAUUGAGAUUCAGGGUUUGGGAGAAUUGAAAUCAUUGCGAAAUUUGUCUAUUGUGUCUUGCAAUUCAAUCAAAAGGUUAAACGAAUCUGAUCUUUCUAAUCUACAGAAUCUGAAAAGUUUGGAGUUUUAUAAAUGUGAAUUAUUGGAGAGGGUGUUGGGUGUGCCAAAAUCUUGUCAACUCAUAGUCCAUGAUUGCCCGAGGUUCAAUAGAGAUGGAUAAGAUAUGUAUCAUUCGAUUGGCAAAGAUAGUUGAUGAUGCUCCUUCAACACCAUGGUGAAAUGUUCUUUUACAUGGAUGUCCAGGCUUUGGCAAGACAUAUUGUUGAUGCUACAACAACGACUUGUUCUCUUCAAUCCAUAUCAGUAAAAGGGCAAGCUGUGGAUAAGUGCAUCGGCACUUUU